GAAUUUUUAUUUAAAUUACUACAGUAGUUGAGAUGAUAAAAUAUUAACACUGCUAGUUAGUUGGGAUUUCAAACCUGACAAAUCUAUUAGUUGAUAUCAGAUUUUCAGUCUUCAUAACGUGUUUCAGAGAUAUUUCAAAUUUAGAAAAACGUCACGAUGAAAUACAAAUGUGUCUUUUGUUUUAAGACUUUCUCUCGCAAAUAUUCUCUCAAUCCUCACAACAGAAUUCACACCGGAGAUAAGCCAUUCGAAUGUGAUAUAUGUAAAAAAUGUUUCUCAGAAAAAGUUGAUAUGAUUGUUCAUUGUAGAUCUCACACAGGAGAAAAGCCAUAUCAGUGCAAUAUAUGUGAUAAACGUUUUGCUUAUAAAGGUGUUCUGUCUGAACAUCGUAGAAUGCACACGGGAGAAAAGCCAUUCAAAUGUAAUGUAUGUAAUAAGAGUUUUGCUGCAAAUAGCAAUCUCUCCCAUCAUCGUAGAACACACACAGGAGAGAAGCCAUUCGAAUGUGAUAUAUGUAAAAAAUGUUUUGCAAGAAAAUUUGACAUGAUUGUUCAUCGUAGAUUUCACACAGGAGAAAAAUCUUACCAUUGCAAUAUAUGUAACAAACAUUUUUCUCAAAACUUUAGUUUGACCGUUCAUCUCAGAAAGCAUACAAAUGGAAUGCCGUUUAAGUGCGACAUCUGCAAUAAAACGUUUAGAUAUUUUUCAAGUUACAGUAAACACAAAAAACUGCAUACAGUAUCACAAAAAUUCUCGUGUUGUUUAUGCAGCACUUAUUUCUCUCAAGAAGAUAUAAUGGUUAAUCAUCUUCGGGUGCAUAUUAAUUCAGGCUGUCCAAAGUGUGACUGUCAGUUUUCAUGUGAACGAAGCUUUUUAGCUCACGUUCUUCAACAUUCAAAAGAAACACCGCGAUUGUGUGAAACUUGCCUUCACCCUUUUGCUCGGAUUUCUGCUUUUAAAUUGUAUAACACUUUUUUAUCGUAUCCUGAAAAUGCAUAG